CACAAGCCCAGAGAGAUAAAGCUUUCCGUUCUUUGCUUACCUCAUCGCAUUUAGCUCUUUGCUUUAUUUGCAUUUAGCUCCAUUUCUUGCAUAUCGCUCCUUCCGACUAUGGCGGAUAAGAAAAGGACUCCCUCGGGGGACAAGAAGCUAAACCACGCCACGUCAAUGCCCAAUUUGCACAAGAAGCUGGUGCGGCCAGUAUCUGCCAACCGCAAUCCUGACACCAGCAGGAAGGAAAAGGAGCUACCGAGCUUGCCGAAGCUCCGCGUUGACGGUCGUCACCUCAGCGCCGUUCCGCGUCCUCAGACGUUCCGCCCCACGGGCUCGGGCCAAUCCACACCACUCAAAACAAGUCCCGUGCGCCAUCAGCCUAAACUUUCCAUUUCUGAGUCAGUCGACAGCUACAACCUCAGCGUGAUCGACAUGUACCAUGACGCCGCUUCGAUUGUCUCUCCGACGACGGACGUGUUUCAGUCGCUGAUGAAACUUGGUAUCCACGGGUACGAGGAUGAUUUCACGGAUAACUAUUCGAGUAGCUCGGUUUCGGUGGCUGAUUCGCCACGACCACGUGUCCACGCUGACGAUUUCCACUUCACCGACCACUCCCCGAGCCGGCCCCACUUUACCGACCAGUCGCUGACCAACUUGCCGUACCUUUUCCCCUCCCCAACCAACUUGCUGUUUCACCAAUCUCAGAGUAACCACAUCCUUCAUAGCUCUCCAGGCAGGUUACUCGGCUCACAUAGCACGUUAUCUCUUCUCUCUUCGCGCGAUUCCGCAAACAUCAUUCGCAACUCGAUCGAGCUCUCGAAAACCUCCCUCUCGGCAUCGCGCGACCGCUACGGAUUCAAGAAAAAGUCGCAGUUCGUGUCAGAAGCCGCAUAUAACGCGUGGUGGAGCGACUACUCCAAGUAUCUCGUCCGGCGCAAGCGCAAGUGGGAGCUCCUUAUGAAGCAAAGCGGGCUCACAUAUGAGCACGACGCGCCCGUACGCUUCCCUGCACGGUCUGAGAAGGUGAAGCGGUAUAUCCGCAAGGGAAUCCCAGCGGAGUGGCGAGGGCACGCAUGGUUCCACUACGCCCGCGGGCACGAGAAGCUCGCACAGAACGCAGGCGUGUACGAUGCGAUUGUUGCAUCCACGAUCGAUCUCCACAAUAAAGACACCGAGAUCAUCGAGCGAGAUUUAAACCGUACGUUCCCCGACAACCUCCACUUUCGGUCGGACGAGACGCAGCAGCAGAGAGAGACCGAGACGCCGCUUGUACAGGCGUUGCGGCGCGUGCUUGUAGCGUUUUCGCAGCACCUGCCAACAAUUGGCUACUGUCAGAGCUUGAAUUUUCUCGCGGGAAUGCUCUUGGUGUUCAUGGAUGAGGAGCGUGCGUUCUGGAUGCUUGUGAUAAUCACGCAAAAGUACCUUCCGGGGGUCCAUGACCUCAACUUGGAGGGGGUGAAUGUGGACCAGGGGGUCUUAAUGUUGUGUAUCAAGGAGUACUUACCGGAAAUGUGGGCGCGGAUUGGUUUGGGCUUGGAUGGCGAGAAGCUCACCGAUGGCAAUCUCUUGGUUCGAUUGCCGCCAGUGACGUUGUGCACCGCCAGCUGGUUUAUGAGCGGGUUUAUCGGAGUGCUCCCUUUCGAAACAGUGCUCCGCGUGUGGGACUGCAUCUUUUUUGAGGAGUCCAAGACGCUUUUCCGCAUCAGUGUUGCACUCUUUGACAUGGUGAGCCCGGAGGUGACGCAGAUCCGCGACCAAAUGGAGAUUUUCCAGGCGAUUCAGAACUUUCCCAAGAAGAUUAUCAACCCGAACGAGUUGUUUGACCAUUGUUUCAAGAAACGGAACGGGAUCGGGCAUUACUUGUCGCAGGAAGAGGUGAACAAGUGUCGGGAUUUUGUAUCGAAGCAGAGGCGGAGUCAUGCGGAGAAUGCGAAGAUGUAUGUGUUGGAUGGCGAGGGUGAGCGGUUGUAUGAUUUUGAGCAUCGCAAGGGGUUGAACAGUGUCGCGUGGAAUAAGAAUCUCACGUUGAAGAUGAAGAGGUUGAGGAAGAGUGAUUAGCAAGAAAAAAACAGGACUGCGAAGCGGUGCUGCAAAGAUCCUUGUUUAUAAAUUUAUUCCAAAGUAAUAUCAUGGUUUUUUCUGCUGGAUUUUUAGUUGAGAAUCUGGUUCUGCG